AUGCCAAGCGACAAGAAGAAGGACGCGGAGAAGGAAGAGGUGCAUUAUGCUGCUGAAGAGUAUGCUGUCAAUGACUACAUAGCGCCUGCUGAAUACACAGUGCCUCAGGGAUAUUACAAUGAAAAUGGCGAGUACGUUGAAGACACCACCAAUUACUACUCAAAUGCAACUGGCGAUGCAGCCCAGCAGACUUACGAUUACUCUGAUCCCAAUAAUCAGUAUUACGCUGAUAAUGGACAAUACUACUAUGGAUAUGACUACACUACUGGAGCAUACGCUGAUCCCAAUAGCACAGCUACCUCUGCUGCUGCUACUGCCACUGAUGCAUCUGCUGCUUACAACUACGAUCAAUACUAUGCUCAAAACUACUACGACACUAGCACACCAACGGGAUCCUAUGGUGGAAGUGGCGUUGUGCCUGAAUCUGUUGCCGCAAUACAAUCAGCAGUAACCUCCAACUAUGGCAGCAACAAUGCUUCACCAGCACCCAAAGUAUAUUACCCCUCCACAGCAAAUUCGAACAAUCCCGUUGGGCCCAUCAUCAUCACCAAAUCAGGAUACACAGGACCACAGACAUCGACAUCCUCGCCUGCACCUACAGGCAGCGCAGCGCAUAACAACAAGAGCGACGAUGCAGAUGCUAAAAAGAAGAAGAAAAAGAACAUUGUGCGAGCAGCAGGAGGAGAGGUCUGGGAGGAUCAUUCGCUCGAAGAGUGGGACGACAAUGAUUUCCGUUUGUUUGCUGGUGAUUUGGGUAAUGAAGUGACAGAAGAGCUAUUGUACAAGGCAUUCUCAAAGUACCCAAGUCUUUUGAGAACUCGCGUUGUGCGUGAUAAUCGAACCAUGAAAUCAAGAGGAUUCGGAUUCAUCAGUUUCAAGGAUCCUGAUGACUUUGUCAAGGCGUGGAGAGAAAUGAACGGCAAAUACGUUGGCAACAGACCUAUUAAGCUUCGAAAGAGUACAUGGAAGGAGCGUAAUAUUGACGUCAGGGCAAAGAAAGAAAGAGAUCGUGUUGGACCAUACCCAAAACACAGAUAG